AUGGCCCAUCAAGCACACGCAUACCACAUAGUAGACCCAAGCCCCUGACCCCUAACGGGCGCAGUUUCUGCCCUUCUUAUAACAUCCGGCCUAGCCAUCUGAAUACACUUUCACUCUACAACCCUUAUAUCUCUGGGCUUGGUUCUUCUACUACUCACAAUAUACCAAUGAUGACGAGAUAUCAUCCGAGAGGGGACAUUUCAAGGACAUCACACUCCCCCUGUCCAAAAAGGCCUUCGGUACGGCAUAAUCCUUUUCAUUACUUCCGAAGUAUUCUUUUUCCUAGGGUUUUUUUGAGCUUUCUACCACUCAAGCUUAGCCCCCACCCCCGAACUAGGCGGCUGCUGACCCCCAACCGGAAUUACCACACUCAAUCCAUUCGAAGUCCCCCUGCUUAACACAGCAGUACUCCUGGCCUCCGGAGUCACAGUCACCUGAGCCCAUCACAGUAUUAUAGAAGGCCAACGAAAACAAGCCCUUCAAUCACUCGCCCUCACUAUCCUCCUGGGAUUCUACUUUACAGCCCUCCAAGCAAUAGAGUACUACGAAGCCCCAUUUACAAUUGCUGACGGGGUAUACGGCUCAACUUUCUUUGUUGCAACCGGCUUCCACGGCCUCCAUGUAAUUAUCGGCUCAACCUUUUUAACAGUCUGCCUUCUACGACAGAUACUUCACCACUUCACAUCAGAGCACCACUUCGGCUUCGAGGCCGCAGCCUGAUAUUGACACUUCGUUGACGUCGUAUGACUCUUCUUAUACAUCUCCAUUUACUGAUGAGGCUCUUA